AUGGACGCGAAGGACAUACUAGGGCUUCCGAAGACCCCCUUCUCGUCCUCCCAGGAGAAGAAGUCGCGGCCGCCCAAGGAGCCGCAGCGCAAGCCUGAUGGCGUCUCGCGCGAGGUCUAUGCCCUCACUGGAGGGGUGGGAAUGGCCCCGCUCAUGCCGACCAUCGAGGCAUCGCACCUGAAGCGACGGCCUGCUGCGGAGAAAGAGAAGGUAGCAUGGCAGUGGUUACCUUUCACGUCGUCUGCACGAACUGAUAACCUUCAACUCUAUCACUGGGUUAGAGUUGUUAAUGGUGUUCAGCCAACUGGUGAUUAUCAGUUUGCAAAAUAUAACAAGAAGGCGGAUGUUGUCAAAUAUACGGAUGAGGAGUACGAGAAGUAUUUAGUUGACCCUGAUUGGAGCAAGGAAGAAACAGAUCAGCUAUUUGAGUUAUGUGAAAGAUUUGACCUUCGCUUCAUAGUAAUAGCAGAUAGGUUUCCAACUGCUCGCAGUGUGGAAGAUCUGAAGAGUCGUUACUAUUCUGCUUCUCGGACUCUUCUAAUUCAUAGAGCUAGGUCAUUCGAAGAUGUUUCUGGGAAUCCCCUUGUGAAGGAUGCCUACGAUGCUGCUCAUGAGACUGAGAGGAAGCGUGCAUUAUCAGCACUUCUCUCCCAAACAAAGCAGCAAGAACGAAAGGAUGCCGAGACUUUAGCAGAAGCAAAACGUAUUAUGGAAUCUCGUGCUGCUAGCAAAAAUGUUGAUGAAGCUGUAAUGCCUCCGAGCUCUGAUAAUGCUAUGGUUCCUGUUGAUGGUGUAUCUCCUUCAAGCAGCACUCAUCCAUCUUUAGCACAUCCAAAUACAACAGCUAACACCUUGAUACCUAAUUCACUACGAACGCUUCGAGUGUAUUUGAGAACCCAUGCGCUUGACCAAAUGGUCCAAGCAGUAGGUGCUUCAGCUGGCCUUAGAGUUAUCAAAAGGGUUGAUCAGACACUGCAAGAGCUAGGGGUGAAUUUGAAGCCUAAGGUUCCAACGAAAGCAGUUUGUGUAGAACAUAUUGAACUUCGGAAUGAGCUACUCACAUUGCUUAACCUACAAAAGCAGCUGCAAACUAAAGAGGCUGAAGUUUCAGCUAACCGGGAAAGUUCCUUCACAGAGGCACCAAGCACACCUAAGCGUUCUAAUAGGGACAUUGAUCGGCCCUUCAUCCCUGAUACAAUUGGGUUUACAGGUGAAAGAGCAGGCAAACGGGACCACAAGCGGAAGUCCAUGGGAAGAUUUGUAGAUGCGCCUCCAUCACCACCCCAGUCCAAGCGGCCUAGAAAAUUGAAGGGAUCUGACUGA